AAAGCCGCUGGAUGGGAGACAACUGUGCUCAGACUUCAGACCACAUUAUUUGGCAAGAAAGAACGGGAACUCGGAACGGGAAAGCCAGAGUGUGUAGUGUGCAGUAGGCCUUUUCUGUUCAAUGUUGAUGGAACUGACAGACUGCAGCAUGCCGGUGAAAGCAUGAUUCUGUCUUUCAAGUUGGACUCAUAUCAGUUGGUCUCAGGGUUUUUAAAAAAACGAAUGUAAGCUUUUCACGCGUGAUUUCAAGAUGACAGACUAUGCAGAAGACCAGAAAAAUGAGAUUGAAGCUCUUCAGUCCAUUUAUCCAGACGAAAUCGAAAUUUUACAAGAAGAACCCCAGUAUAUGUUCAAAAUAAAAGUUGUACCUCAAGAUGCUGAAAAUUUUCCUGACCAUGCAAUGUCUGCAGAGAUCCAGUUUUCUUACACCUCCGAUUACCCAGACAGUGCUCCGCUUAUAGAGUUUGUGUCUAAUGACAACAUGGACGAUGGACAGCUAGAUUCCCUCAUGGAUCUCAUGAAGACUCAAGCAGAGGAAAAUUUAGGAAUGGCAAUGAUUUUCACCCUUAUUUCUGCUGUACAAGAACACAUGACUGACAUGAUGGAGAAAGCAGCGAAAGACAAGGUGGAAGCGGAGGAAAGACGAGUGAGGGAAGAGGAGGAAGCAGAAAGAAAACGAUUUGAAGGCACAAGAGUAACAGUGGAAACAUUCAUGGCAUGGAAAUUGAAAUUUGAUGCUGAAAUAGCAGAAAUGAGAAGACUGAAAGGCUAUGAUGACAGUGCUGCUAAAAAGCCUACUGGUAAAGCGCUUUUCCUAUCAGAUAACACCAUGAACGAUUCUGACGUGAAAUUCCUUCAAGCUGAGGGGGACACAUUGGAAGUUGACGAAUCUUUGUUUGAAAACAUGGGUGAUCUUGAUUUGGAUGAUGAUUUUGAUGAUGAUGACGAUGAUGAUCCAGACUAUACACCAGGGGAUGAUGAUUGAUGUACCUUCUGACGAAUAUGGAGGCAGUGAAUGGUGGUGACAGGAUAAUGUGAAUGUGUGAAAUGUAAAGACAUUGUUUGAGAGUUGUAAUGACUGCACAUAAAUGGAAAAUAUUUGAGACAGUCUUUUUUUGUGCGAAUGUUGAUUGAGCAUUUAUUUUGAAUGCAGCAUUUGUGCCUUGUGAUGAGAAAUGUAAACUGUUUAUUUGAUGUAGGCCUAUGUAUGGAUGCUAUUGAGUGAGAAAUUGUCUUAAACAAAGAAAUGUUACUUGUGGCAGGUAUUGGGCAUAAACUUGACGUGUCAGAGAAACAUGUUUUUGUUGCCAUUGCAUUUGGCUUUGCCACUUGUGUUGACACAUGGUAACUGCUGAGGAGCGUGAGAAAUGUGCUAACAGAGCUUUUAUCGGUGAAUAAGUACCCAGACUAGAUCUAGCUGGUUUUGCACUCAACACCUUUGUUGUGUUGAAGAAUCUUUAAAAAAACUUUUGUUUUUUUAAAACAUAUUUUUUUAAAAUAGAAGAAAGAUUGCAGAAACCUUAAAGAACAUUUGUAUUUGAAAAAGGUUCUCAUCCCUAAAUGCUGAAUUCAGUGAUCCUGGCUUCUUUUUUUCCUUCUUUAAUUACUUCUUUAAUUACUUUUGAAGUAUGAACCCUAUACCACUGAUGUGUGCGCUUCCCUGUCUGUUGUCAAUAAAAGUCAUAGUUUUGCUCGUACAAA